UGUUUGCAGUUACGUCACCUGAUGACGCGCGAAAUUCAGCUGGAGGGCAGGAAGUAAACAGCAGUUAUGACAGAGAUGGAGGAAAGUCGGUAUUGCGAAAGUUUAGAUCCUAUUUCCAAGGAAAGGUAUCGGGAGAAGAUCAUUAAAUAUGUUGGAUGUGACCCGUAUAUGAUGAAGAAGAGCGAUUUUUCAACGGAUUUGAACGAUUUGCCUGCUAUCGAGGCCGUUGACAUUACUAAUUACCUUGUUCUUCAGACUUCAUUUUAUUCUAAAGAACAAAUGAAAGCCUACAAAAGUAUGGAGGCGUAUAAUUUUUUUGUCAGCGGGUGGGUCCACGACCUCGGCUCCAAGGUGCUCCACGAAGAUAAUCGUUUGGUUUUCGCCAGGGUUAACCACUCUCAAAGGUCUGGUGAAACGCCUCUAAAGACGUGGAUAAUAACGAAGAAAGACGGAGAAGUAAUUGCAGCUCAUUGCAAUUGCAUGGCAGGACUGUCAGAAUCAUGCUCCCAUGUAGGGGCUAUUUUAUUUGCUGUAGAAGCCGGUAUACGGAUGAGGGCCACAGCCUCCUGCACAAUGGACAAGUGCAAGUGGCUGAUGCCAGCACAUAUAAAAAAGAUUUCCUCUGCUCCAGUAGCUCUCAUCGACUUCUCCUCAGCAAAAUCCAAAAAACAAAAAUUGGACAAUGCCAUCGCUGGAGCAAAUGAACAACCUAAGUUACGGAUGCAAACAUGAAACAGAAGCCAGACGAGCAUAUGAAAAGCAGAUGGGACUGGAGCAUGAGGGCUUUUCUUGUAUGGACAGUGGUCUCUGGCUGAGUCCCAAGUGGCCAUACAUGGGAGCCUCACCUGAUGGCAUGGUCAGGUGUGACUGUCACGGAACUGGCAUUUGCGAGAUAAAGUGCCCACACAAUCAGCGAGAUGAAAUUAAUCUGCGCAUGUGUGCUGGAACCCCAGGAUUCUGCCUUCUCAAUGAUGGAGAUGAUGUCAAACUGGACCGGAGUCAUGCCUACUACUCCCAAGUCCAGGGACAGCUUCAUGUUGUGGGUGCCGAUUAUUGUGACUUUGUGGUGUGGAAUCGGAACGACAUGUUUGUUGAAAGAAUUGUACCUGAUUUUGAGUUUUGGGAAGAUGCAAUUCCUAAAGCUGAAACAUUUUUCAGAAAUUGCAUACUUCCUGAAGUACUGGGACAGCAGGUUACAAAGUGCCAUGUGAUAAAAAAACACAACUAACAUGACAGUCUUUUUGAGCAAGUAGAUAUUUAUUGACAAGAUAAAAUUAUAUUGAGAAGACUGAAUAAUACAAAUGUACAAAAGAUUUUAAUAGAUUAGAUGGAUGAUAGGUGUACUUAAAACUAUUUUGCAACAAUGUGCAAUAACAAACUGGAUUCAGUUGUAUUAAAGAUCAAACUUUUAGGGCUCAAUUCUGUCAAAGGUAUUGUAGAGUAUGGCACAGCUUUACCAUUUUAUGUCUUCCUGUUCAUACUGAUUUAUAAUUAUGAAUGACUCAAUCAACUGUCAUUUUUCUAAUUUAGUUAUUUACAGCACCAAUUUAGUUAUUUACAGCUCAUUACAGCACCAAUUUAGUUAUUUACA